CGAACGUAAUAAAGCCGACGCUGGCCCGCUGAGUGAUUGUGAUGAACUUGUGUUUGGUCCUCAGCUCUCAUUGCCUCGCGUAAGACGAGCAUGGCACGCGGCGAACCCACAUGAACCACCAAAUCAUCUUGCAAAAUCUGUCAAUCGCCAUCUGCCUCUUCGUGUCUGUGAUUCGCCAGCUCCACUGCACCGCUCGAGCGCAGAAACGCGGCCAGUUUGUUUCUUACACUGGGGCUUUUAGUGCCGGGCUUCCCGCUGCUGAAGAUGACGCAGUGGGUGGGAGGAGGCGGAUGCACGCAUCGCGGGACGAAAGAGAAGGGCGAAACACUCGUCGCUUGCCGCUGCCUCCUCCGCCUCGGCAUCUUGCAGAGCGUUGUGACUGGCUGCGUGUUGGUGGAGUCGCAAAAGUCUAACGAGAAAGCUAUCGUUCAUCAGCCACAAGGUCUAUCGAUAAACGCCAAACGAUUCUGUUCCCUUCGUGUUGGGCGAGCGAGGC